AUGAACAUCACAGCAAUGAGUUUGAGUUAUUUCAACAAAUCGGGUGAACAAAAUGACCAAGCUGACCUCGUUGCCGUCAAAGCGACAAUGCAGGUCAUACAAAAUCAUCUACUGAAUAUUGGCACAUUUUUUACGCUCACACUGUGCUGUCGCAACCAACAUACAUGUAAAUUUUUUAACAAUCUUUUGGAAAAACUGUUUCACAUGUGGGGAAUGUCUAUGGUGAGAUUUGUGGUGCUCAAGGAGAACUCCACGGAACGUGUGGGUGGCGAUAGACGGUCUAAUUUAAUAAUGACGGAUUCAUUCAAGGCGUUUCGUGAAAUCCAUAUCGCCUCCUAUACGAGCCGCAACAACUACAAUGAAUUCUACUACAUUUUUCUGCAAAUUCGUGAUGCUUACCUACAAGAAAAUCUACAACAAAUUUUCGAAUAUUGUUGGGCCCAUUCUAUGAUUAAUUGCAGCGUACAAGUGCAAAAUUCCCAUGGCGAUAUAACGGUUUACUCAUAUUUUCCAUUUACAAAUCAUUAUUGCGCCCACGUAGAGCCUGUGAUUAUUAAUCGUUUUAACGGUACGGAUUUUGAAAGACCACUACUUUUUCCACUCAAGCUGAAGAAUUUUCAUGGCUGCGCUUUGAGGGCGGCACUUCAGCAUAUACCACCCUUUGUGUACCUAGACACCGAUGCGCAGGGCAACAGUCGCAUUGUAGGCGGCAUUGAGGGGCAUUUGCUAAAGCAAUUGAGCAAGCUGUUAAAUUUCACCAUCGAAAUUAAGACGCCGCAGGAGAAACGCUAUCAUGUGGAUGCGGUGGGUUUACUCGAAAAGGACGAAGUAGACAUUACCUUGGGCUGUUUUAGUCAAACGUCUGCUCUAAUGGCUGUCGCCUCGUAUGUGACCAGCUAUUAUCAAACUAGUCAGGUGUUGUGCGUAUCGCGGCAAGCAUAUGCUUUAAAUUCGCUAGAGGCCUUCACAACACCCUUCGAUGGGACUAUUUGGUUACUAACAUCGCUUACCGCCAUCCUUUGCUGGGCGCUUUGCUUUGCAUUGAGUAAGUAUUGGCGUCACAGUUUUGAGCGGCGUAUGCAGACGUUUUUAAACUUUCUCGCUGUUCUACUCGGCAUGUCUAUAACCCAUACGCCGUACAUGCUCCAAGGGCGUUUACUCUUCAUCACCUGGUUGUGCUUCACACUACUCAUACGGUCUAUCUAUCAGGGUGUUCUCUUCACGUACGCCCAUCGCAGUACAAUCGUGAGCAUUCCUACAGAUUUUGAAGAAUUAGUGGAGCUCAAUUUCACUGUCGUUAUGUCCAGCGUUAAUAAAAGGCUGCUCUCUGAUGUACCAUUAAUGCAGAAGUUACCCUCAAUUACAACAACAAGGUUGGAUGGCGUCAGCGCUUUCGAUUAUAUUCGUCAUGAGUCGAAGAGGAAUUAUGUGGCGGUGGGACCUUUAGACUUUCUACUCUUUUACGAACUGAUGCACAACAAAACCGGUCAUUUUGUUGUUAUGAGCAAAGAUCUUUUAAACUUUCAGAUAACCAUGUAUUUGCAGAAGCAUUCUUAUUUGAUAGACCAGUUUGAGCAUGAAAUUUGGUGGAUACGUUCGGCGGGUUUGAUAUCGGGUUGGACGUUGAACGAAGUAGGCGAGAUGAAAAUUGCGAAAGAUGAGAAAAAGAUUGAAGUUAUACAUCUGCAGGACCUCAGUGCUAUAUUCUAUAUGUUUGUUAUCGGUAUGCUUGCAUCGUUGGCGGUUUUCGCUUUGGAAAUGUUGUCAUUGCGCUUAAAACCUCUAAGAAGUGUUUUUUGAAAGUCCACAAAUGCUCGU